CGCUGCCGUGGCGCCUCUGUGUCGAGGCGCGCUGGCCCGCUCCGGUCGCGAUGACUACACGGUGCCUACUGCUCGUGGCCCUCUCGGCGCUCGCCUCCGCGGACGAGGAAAAGCCUUAUGAGGUACCGACUUCAAUCGACGGCGCCUUCUUCUUCGAGCCCUUCAUCAACACAGAGCGCUGGGUCCGCACGGAGGACGAAAACUACCAGGGCGAGCUGCAGCUCCAGAGCUACGGCGUCUUCCGCGGGAAAGCCGAGUUGCCGGACGCACUGCCGGCCGACCAGGGCCUCGAGCUCUCCUCGGCGGCGCGCAAGCACGGCAUCAGCACGGUCUUUGCGGAGCCGCUCCGCACCAAGGGCGUGGGGCUGGUCGUCCAGUUCGAGCUCCUCCUCAAGCAGCCUCUCCAGUGCGGAGGCGCCUACCUCAAGCUCCUCUCGGCCGACGAGGCGGUGCCGCCCGCGGCCCUCAACGGAGACACCGCGUACACGCUCAUGUUUGGGCCGGACAAGUGCGGAGCCGUGCACAAGACGCACUUCAUCCUGCGGCACAAGAGCCCCGUGGACGGUGCGAUCAAGGAGUGCCACCUCGUCGGCGAGACGGCGGCGCCGCCUCUCUCCGACAAGAAGCCGCACCUGUACACGGCGGUCAUCACGCCCGAGAGCGAGGUCAAGAUCCUCGUCGACGGCAAGGAGGUCCGGUCGGCCUCGCUGCUCGACGAGGCGGCGUUCUCCGCCCCAAUCAACCCGCCGAAGAAGGUCGACGACCCCGACGACUCCAAGCCCGCCGACUGGGUCGACGAGCCCCAGAUGCCCGACCCCGCCUCGGUCAAGCCGGACGACUGGGACGAGGAGGCGCCGCGCCUGAUCGAGGACCCGGCGGCGGAGAGGCCGGACACGUGGGAGCCCGACGAGCCGCUUCAGAUCCCAGACCCGACGGCGGAGGCGCCCGCCGACUGGGACUCCGACGAGGACGGGGAGUGGGAGGCGCCGCUGGUGCCCAACCCGAAGUGCAAGCCGUCGGGCUGCGGCGAGUGGAAGCGGCCGCAGGUCGCAAACCCGGCGUACAAGGGCAAGUGGGUGCAGGCCAAGAUCGACAACCCCGCCUACGUCGGCAAGUGGGCGCCGCGCCAGAUUGACAACCCCGCCUAUUACUACGACGCGGCGCCACACGACGUCAUGCCGAUCGGCGGCGUGGGGAUCGAGCUGUGGACGAUGCAGGACGGGAUCCUCUUCGACAACAUCCUGGUCGCCACUGAUCCGAGGGUGGCCGAGGAGGCGGCGGAGCGAACCUUCUCCGCGCGGAAGGCGGCUGCUGCUCGGCUCGAGCGCGGCGAUGGGUGGCUGGGCGCCGCGUCCUUCUACCUCAGCCUCGCGGCCGAGUACGCGCGCGAGAACGCGCUGCCCGUCGGGGUGGCGGUGUGCGCCGUGCUGGCGAGCAUCGUCCUGCUCUGCUGCUGCCGUGCGCCGGCGCGCGCAGCCGAGGCGGGUGGCGGCGGUGUGGAGGGCGAGGAAGAGGAGGGCGAGGGCGAGGAGGAGGACGGCGAGGAGGACGGCGAGGAGGCGGGCGAGGGCGACGAAGCGGCGGAAGAGGCGGCCGAGGCUGCAGAGGAAGAGAAGCCUGCGGCUAGCACCAGCACGGCCAGGCGGCGCACGCGCAAGGCGACCGACUAGGCUGUCGAGCGCUCCCUCUUUUCGCCCCUCUCGUCUCUCGCCGUGAUUAAUAGCGCCGACGACGGGGGGGGGGGGGAGAUUGGACCUCCGAUGGCCUUCAGGAGUCCAACGGCAGUGGAGGCUUGAGUGUUGAGACGAGGCGGCCGUGGGCCACACGCACACCUCUCACUUGUGGUUGUGCUGCCGUUACGGAAUGUAGGAUCGAGUCCGCCUGCGGCUGCGCCCUGACCUUUGUCCGUGUAGGAGGGCACGCCUCACAGUGCACACAGCCGCGCACCACACCAAACCACAGAGCACACCCACGACGAGUUGUGUGCGUGUCCAUAGUAUAUCUUCGAGGUAGGGGGU